GCAUGCUUGAUGCUUCAUGUUCUGAUUCAAAAAUCAAACCACCUAAAUUCAAAUAUACAUGGCUGCUCGAAUCUCUCCCAUUUUUUCAACAUGCACCACUAAAUCCGUUAAUGAUGUCUCUCCCGUCCCCGGUUUCGAUUCCCAGAGGAUCACCAAAUAUACAACAAUUUCCUUCUCUUCUCACCUCAACGCCAAUCUGUCAACCAAAUCUUUGGAGACUAGAAGAAGACGACAAAAACAAAACUACUCCAAAUUAGUAAUAGAAUGCUACUCUGACCAAAUGAAGCUUGAUACCAGUCUGGGCCCUAGGGUCAAUUCCGUAAAUCCUUCAAAAACAGUGGCCCUAAUUGACGAAACAGCUGCACUUCUAGAAGCCGGUGUUCCUGUCAUUCGCUUAGCUACCGGAGAAUCCGAUUUUGACACCCCCGCUGUUAUCGCUGAGGCUGGAAUAAAUGCAAUUCGUGAAGGUUACACAAGGUAUACAUCUAAUGCAGGUACCCUUGAACUACGAACAGCAAUAUGCAAGAAAUUGAAGGAGGAGAAUCAUAUUUCUUACACACCUGAUGAAAUUGUGGUUAGUAAUGGGGCAAAACAGAGUACGCUACAAGCAGUUCUUGCUGUUUGUUCCCCAGGAGACGAGGUUAUAAUUCCAGCUCCAUUUUGGGUAAGUUACCCUGAAUUGGCAAGGUUGGCUGAUGCAACACCUGUGAUUAUUCCUGCAAGCAUCUCUGAAAAUUUUCUGUUAGAUCCGAAGCUUCUAGAAUCUAAGCUUACUCCGAAGUCAAGACUGCUAAUUCUUUGUUCUCCAUGUAACCCAACAGGGGCGGUUUAUCCUAGGAAGCUUCUAGAAGAAAUUGCUCGAGUUGUUGCAAAACAUCCAAGACUUUUGGUGGUUUCUGAUGAAACUUAUGAGCACAUAAUAUUUUCACCAGCAACCCACACGAGUUUUGCAUCAUUGCCUGGCAUGUGGGAACGGACACUAACAGUCAAUGGGUUCUCUAAGGCUUUUGCAAUGACUGGAUGGAGACUUGGAUAUAUUGCUGGUCCUAAACACUUUGUUGCUGCCACUGGAAAAAUUCAAAGUCAGUCAACUUCAGGUGCUAGUAGCAUAUCUCAAAAGGCGGCUGUGGCUGCUUUAGGAAUGGGAUACGCCGGUGGAGAAGCUGUUUCACAUAUGGUCAAAGCAUUUCGUGAACGAAGAGAUUUUUUGGUCAAAGCUUUCAGGGAAUUAAAUGGUGUCAAAAUAUCUGAACCUCAGGGUGCUUUCUACAUCUUUCUUGAUUUCAGCAAUUACUAUGGCAUGGAGGUUGAUGGUUUUGGUUUGAUUAAUGAUUCAGAGUCACUAUGUCGGUAUUUGCUGCAAAAAUGUCAGGUUGUCCUUGUCCCGGGAGAUGCAUUUGGGGAUGACAAUUGCAUCCGGAUCUCUUAUGCAACAUCCCUCUCCACCCUUCAAACCGCUGUUGACAGAAUUAAGAAAGCUAUCGUCACUCUUAAACCCCCACCCCCGAUAUCUCUUUAAAUAUUCCAAACCAAGUCAGGGUAAAACUGUCAUUUCACAUACUGUAAGUGAUAUUGGGAAUGUUUCUUUUUUCUUGUGAUUACAGGCAGAAAAUUAUUUUUUAAGUUAUUUAUUAUUU